UGGGGAAGCGUGCAGUGGGAAUGCCUAGAGAAAGGCACAAAACCCUAUUGAGAGCCCUCGCCCGCUUACGGCGUAACCGUCACAUGGCCGAACCUGGUCCAUCGGCAGCUAUUUAAGGCGAGGCCGUGCGCCUUCAGCACCACUUCGCUGUCCACCAUUCCACUGAGAGCACACUGACGCACCCAGCGACGCAUCGAGGCUCAGACUACAGCCACGCCGAGCAACAAGUUCUGCAAACAUGCCGCGGUCUUUUCUCGUGGAUUCCUUGAUUUUGAGGGAGGCCAACGACAAGGGAAGUGAGAGCAACCCGCCUCUGUUCCCGUACGCAGUGCACUCGCCGCACCACCCGCACGGGCUGCCGGGCUCCUGCCACUCAAGGAAAGCCGGACUGCUGUGCUUCUGCCCGCUGUGCAUGGCCGCAUCCCAGCUCCAUCCUUCUCCCCCUACACUGCCGCUCCUCAAAGCUUCGUUUCCCCCCUUUGGCUCGCAGUACUGCCACUCCGCGCUAUCCAGGCAACACGCUACGUCCAACAGCGUGAACCUCAGCCACGCUCCGGGGAUAUACCAAGCUGCGUACACGGUCCCAGACCCAAGGCAGUUCCACUGCAUCUCCAUCGAAAACAACAACGGAAAACUUCAGAGUAGCAAGCGCAUGCGCACGGCCUUCACCAGCACGCAACUUCUGGAGCUGGAGCGAGAGUUCACCUCCAACAUGUACCUGUCCAGACUGAGGCGCAUCGAGAUCGCCACGUACCUGAACUUGUCCGAGAAGCAGGUGAAAAUAUGGUUCCAGAACCGCAGAGUGAAGCACAAAAAGGAGGGCAAGAGCGGCGGUCAGAGAACUGGAUCACACAACUGCAAAUGCUCGUCCCUGUCCGCCACUAGAUGCUCGGAAGAGGAGGACGACGACAUCCCCGCAUCUCCAUCCUCGUCAGAAAAGGAGGAUGUGGACCUGUCUGUCUCCCCUUGAACGUCCCACAGAACUGCUAUAUAAAAUAAUAUUUGAUCUUAACGAGAUUUAAAUGCUGCCAAAAAAAAAAAAUCAAGGAAAGAAAAGCAAAGAAAGAAGACUAUGCCCAGUCGUUUGUACAUUAAGAGAUAUUUAAUCAGGGAACUGCUCUGAAUUAUUGUAUAGCUGUAUACAUGUUGUACGUAUUGUAUGUAGUUUUUUUCUGAAAACAGUCCAUUGUUGUUAUCCGAUGAGCACGCUGGACAUUUUUGUAAAGACGAGCAACAUUGUUAUUAUUAGUAUUUGGAGGGGGACAGUUUGGUGAAUAUGUGGAUGGAACUGUCACUUAAAAAAAUCUCCACCACUGUCACAUAACUGGUGCCACUCUGAAAUUAUAUCUCCGGUGUAAUUCGAAAAAUAUUUAUUUAUUUAACAUGUUGAUACUUAAAUAAAAAAAUAUUUCUGAGCUGUA